AUGUCAUUGAGCAACGUUCCACCUCAAGUAGGUGUUUUGCAUACCUAUGGCUUUAAUUUGACUGCGUUUGAAAUAACAGAAUACACUGGAGAGAGAACUGAGAACCUCAUUUUGUUCAUUGGAGGAUUAGGCAACGGUUUACUUAAUGUACCGUAUAUUCCUUCUUUAGCACAAGCUGCUGCUCGGUUUCAAUCCAAGAAUCAAGGCAAGUGGAAUGUAGCACAGGUGCUUUUGAGCUCGGCAUACAACGGAUGGGGCACUUCUACUUUGGAGAGGGAUUCAAAGCAAUUGAAGAAGGCGAUUGAAUAUUUUAGGUCUAAGAAUGGUGGGAAUAGGAAAAACAUAGUACUUAUGGGUCACUCUACGGGAUGCCAAAACUCAAUGCAUUAUUUGACAAAUGUAUUGAUUGGUGCUGGUGCUGCUGACCUAUUGUCGUCAUCGUCAUCGUCAUCUUCAUCUUCCGUUGAUUACAACCCAAACGACACCGAAAAGUAUGAAAUUCAAGGUGCGAUAUUGCAAGCAUCUGUAUCUGACCAAGAAGCCUUUAGAGCAGACCACAAAAAUAUCGACUUUGAUGCUUUGACAAAAGAAGUUUACGACGAGUAUAUUGCUCAAGGUAGAGGAAAAGAAAUUUUACCUGAAAAAUUUAGAAAAUUGUCCUUCAACACUCCGAUAACCGCUUAUCGUUUCCACUCAUUGGUGAGCAAGAAAGGCGAUGACGACUACUUUUCAUCCUAUUUGACUGAUGACGAUUUUCAGCAAACAUUUGGUAAAGUCCAAACACCUCUCUUAGUCCUAUACUCUGGAAACGAUCAGUUUGUGUCGAGUCAUGUCAACAAGGAGGAAUUGAUUCAGAGAUGGAGAACAAUCACUCCACAAAAGUAUUGGAGUAAUUAUAGUCGUAUCAUCCCUGGUGGAAAACACGAUCUUGGUGAUGGUUCUCCAACAGAGGCUAUUGAUACUCUUGUUGAUUCAGUGACACUGUUUAUCAAUGACUUGUAG